AUUCACGCCAUACCAGAAAGGACCUUCCCCUGCACUGGAGUUCUAUACUAUUACCCCCUACUACUCCCCCUAUUCACUUCUACUCCUCCUCUCACUCCUGUCCUGCCCUACAGGAUUUUUCAAAGACAUCACUCUCUCUCUCUCUCUCUCUCUCUCUUAAAGGCAUCUCAUCCUUCCUUCUUUCUUUAAACACUACUUCCUCCACUCACCAUUCUCUGUCUCUCUAACAGAGUCCGUCUUCCUCCUCCUCCUUAUGGCGACCGAACCACCAGCGACGGCAGAAGAGCCCGCAGAACAACCCCUCACGUACAAGACCCAUGUCUUGAAAGUCUCCAUCCACUGCGAAGGCUGCAAACGGAAAGUCAAGAAAGUCCUCCUUUCCAUUGAAGGUGUUUACAAAGCGGACAUCGACGCAAAGCAGCAAAAAGUCACGGUCACGGGCAACGUCGAAGCGGACGCUCUCCUCAAGAAAUUGAUCAAAUCCAAUAAACACGCGGAGCUAUGGCCCCAACCCCCCCAGCGGAAAGAGAAGAAACAGAAAAAAUCCAAGAAGAAAGAGAAACAGACCGACCCAGAUAGCAGUCACGACGAAGAUGCCCCCGGCGGCGGCCCUGAACCGGACAAACCACCGGUGAAAGCAGAAGUCGUCCAUGAACCUGCUAAAAUUAGCGGCGGCGGUGGCGGUGUUCCGGUUAAAGUUAGCGGCGGCGCGGUCAGAUUUAGUGAAGUUGAGGCUAAAAACAGUGUCGUAGGCGGCGGACAGGUGGUGGGUGGUGCGGUCAAAUUUAGCGACGUUGGGGCUAAAACUGGCAGUGGUGGAAAUGUGGUGGAGGUGAAAGUAGAAGGGAAGAAGCCGGAGACGGGUCCAGCCGGUAGCCAGUCACCGGCUGCGGAGAAAAAGGGAGGUGGUGGUGAGAGUGAUGAUUGCACUGAGAAAAGCGGUGGCAAUGGCAGUAAUGGUAAAAAGAAGAAAAAGAAGGGGCAAAAGGUGGUGUUCGAGGGGGAACCAUCAAGUGGUGGUGCAGCGGCAAGCACAAUGCCACCACCGAAUCAUUACGGUGGUGGGCCACCCCAAGUUCAUCUCAGCCCUCCAAGUCACCACGGGCAUCAAUACCCCCCACCACCGCAUCAUUACUUUGCCCCACCACAGCCACAUCAACCUGUGUACGCAGUGAGUUACAACACGGCGCAUCCAACCAGCAGCUACACGACGUCAUAUUAUACGUCACCGCAACCGCACUCAUACGCAUACGCGUACUCGCGUCCGGAAACGGAACCUCAGCCGCCGGAUUUCGAGUCGUAUCCGAGGCAGCUGCCGUUAGAUUCCGAUUCGUAUCCGCGGCAGCCGUUAGAUUCGUUUGAGUUGUUUAGUGAUGAGAACCCAAAUGGGUGCUCAAUCAUGUGAUCGCGGGGAUAAUUGUGAUGAUAAUGAGUUGAUAUUGAGAGCUUAUACUCCUUGUAUGAGAAUCAUGGGGAUACUUUCGUAACGUGUGUGUAAAUGGGUAUGUACUUCUAGUUAUAACGAACAAAGCUAUCGAUAUAACUAAGAAUCUAAUUGUGUUCGGAGUCAUUUGAAGCGUGAAUCCAGUAUCGAUCGGCUCUGAAUACAUGUAUCCGCAACCUUGUUUUGAAGUAAAUCAUGUGAGGGGGAUAAUUGUGAUGAUAAUGAGAGCUCAUACUUCUUGUAUGAGAACUAUGGGGAUACUUUUGUAAUGUGUAUGUAAAUGUGAAUGUACUCCUUGUUAUAUUAACGGACAAAUUUAUCUAUGCAACAUUAAAACCCGACUGGGAAUUCAAUUG